AUGUCAGAAGAAACACAGGCAGAGACACAGGGCGCAAAUGCAGGCGCCGAUGAGGUGAAGCGCAUCAAGCGAGUGGAUGAAUACUACGACUACCGAACCUACUCGUGGAAGCAGAAGAAGUCGGCAAAGCCUCAGAAGAAAAAAGACGCCAAGGGUGUGGUGCUGCUUGUUCGCCGAAAAAUCAGUGUCAAGGGGAAGAUAAAAAGCACCGAAAUCGACAUCAGGAACGCAGCCUUGGCCCAAGUUCUCAAGGACUUGAACUGCGAAGCAGAGAACUUGGAACAGCGCGACCCCCCGGUGGCAGAUCCCGUCUUGUUCUAUCACUCGCGACAUGGGCUCAAGGAGAGGCUCGAGGCAGAAAAGUCCAAAGACCAGCAGGACCAGGACCUCAUCACAGGCUUAUGCGUCGCCCUCGAUUACAUUGCAAGUGACCAUGUGCACACAAUGGCAAGCAUGAAAACGCUACUCGCCAACAAGGAGACUACGUGGGAGCUUGUGUGGGCGCUCUUCACUCCAAACCGGCUGGUCUACCACUACCAUGAGCUCACACAGCAAGUCCAACUGCUUCGGUUUCGCAAGGCAACCCAGAGGAAGGACCAGGAACAACUGAUAUUUUACUGGCAUAUUGACUGCGACAUGAUCGUCUUUGACGGCGACAAGUUCGGUCUCUCCAAAGUUGAUCAUCUCCGGAUCGACGAAUACCCUGGCUCCCGGAACAUCUGCGAUCUGCCCGUGUAUCCACUGGAGUUUGCCGAAGCAGAGGGCAAGCUUUUCGAGCACGCCGUGGCUCGUGGGAAGCGUUACGCGAGCAUCAGGGAAGCAGGCUACGUGGAAUGCGAUGGACCUGCAAUGCGCGAGAUUCUCAACAAAGACCUGAAGCCGAAACGCUUCACCUUUUCGGCAUUUGGGCGGGCGAUGAUCGAUCCAAAGGGGUUCCGGACUUUCCAGCCGAACGCGACGUACAAUUCCACUGUCUACAAGCAGCUCCAACCAGAUCUCUCGGCCGAGCAAUAUGCCAUUUGCAAUCCUGUAAUCAUGGGGUUCAGCUUUGGCAUGAAGCAAUGGGGCGGUCUGGGCAUGGACUAUUGCCGUGAGAUUGCAUGGGGCAACGAUGCCUUCAGCAGCCUCGUCUUGGAGGCAAACAAGAAAACUCUCAUCCACUCUUUGGUGACGCAGCACAUGUCCAAGAGCUUCGAUGACGUGGUUGUCGGCAAGGGAAAGGGCCUUGUCGGCCUACUCAGCGGCCGUCCCGGAUGCGGCAAAACACUGACGGCUGAAGCCAUCUCGGAAGAAACGCGGAAGCCUCUUUACUCUGUCAGCGCAGGAGAACUCGGCACAGACCCGUCCAGCGUCGAUACGCGCUUGACCGAGAUCCUCGAGCUGGCAAACAGAUGGGGUGCCAUUCUGCUUCUCGACGAAGCCGAUGUCUUCCUGCAGCGGCGCAACGACACGGACGUUGUGCGCAAUGCACUCGUCUCCAUAUUCCUGCGCCAACUGGAAUACUACAAGGGCAUUCUGAUCCUCACCACCAACCGCAUCGGCAUUUUCGACGAUGCCUUCGAAAGCCGAAUCCACUUCAGCCUCCACUACCCCGACCUCGACUUCGCCUCCCGCAGGCAACUGUGGCUCACCUUCUUCAAGCGGCUUACCAAGGGUACGCAAGUGCAGACGGCGAUGGAUGAUGCUCAGAUGGACGAACUUGCGGGCCAUGAUCUCAACGGCCGGCAGAUCAAAAACCUGCUCAGCAAUGCGAUAUCCAUGGCACUUCACCAGAAGUCACCACUGUCCAUUGACCACAUCCGCACCGCUCUGAAUGUCCUUUGGGGCUGGAGGAAGGCUGUCGAGCAGGAAUUGUCCGCGCGAGCUGCCACCGCCCUCGACAUCGAAGAUGGUGGUCCGGCUCCGUGA